AUGACUGAGGAGGUGAAAACAAAAGAGAAGAAACCACGUAUUGAAGUAAAAGAGAUAUCCACCCCGGAGGAGCUAGCGACACUGCUGGAAGAGGCAGGCGAUAAGCUGGUGGUGGUCGACUUCUUCGCCGACUGGUGUGGCCCCUGCAAGAUCAUAUCCCCACGUGUCACGGACCUCGCUAAUGCCCACGAUGACGUCAUCUUCAUCAAGGUUAACGUCGACGAGUGCGACGAAAUCGUCAAGAGGUACGGGAUAAGUAGCAUCCCAACGUUCGUGUUCAUAAAGGCUGGCGAGAAGUUGGACUCCCUCAUUGGAGCCAACUACGAGUUGUUAACGAAAAAGGUGGUAAAGCAUAAAACCCCUCCACCUACGGAGGAACUUUCCACAUAG